CGUGACGUAACUUUUGCCUUGCCAAGCGAAAGUUCUUCCUGUCCUUCGCCUUACACCGCCGUAUUCUUCAACACCUCUCUAUCCCAUCAUGGCUGACGAUGAAGAUAUCGCUGCCCUUGUCAUUGACAAUGGUUCCGGAAUGUGCAAGGCCGGAUUUGCUGGUGACGACGCCCCUCGUUCUGUCUUUCCUUCUCUGAUCGGUCGUGCUCGCCAGCCCGGUAUCAUGGUCGGUAUGGAGCAGCGCGACGCCUACGUUGGAGAUGAGGCACAGGCAAAGCGUGGUGUUCUUACGCUGAAGUACCCCAUCGAGCAUGGUAUUGUCACAAACUGGGACGAUAUGGAGAAGAUCUGGCACCACACCUUCUACAACGAGCUACGUGUCGCCCCUGAGGCCCAUCCCGUUCUAUUGACUGAGGCUCCCCAGAAUCCCAAGGCGAACCGCGAGCGUAUGACUCAGAUCAUGUUUGAGACGUUCAACGUGCCUGCCAUGUACGUCAAUAUCCAGGCCGUCCUCUCGUUGUACGCCUCUGGACGUACUACGGGGUGCGUUCUCGAUUCCGGCGACGGUGUCUCCCACACUGUGCCGAUCUACGAAGGGUACGCGCUUCCCCACGCCGUCAUUCGUCUCGACCUGGCCGGUCGGGACUUGACCGACUACCUCAUGAAGAUCCUGACGGAGCGUGGUUACUCUUUGACUACCACCGCCGAGCGCGAAAUUGUACGCGACAUCAAGGAGUCGUUGUGUUUCGUCGCUGUCGACUUUGAGGAGGAGAUGAAGAAAGCCGCUGAGUCUUCUGCUCUUGAGAAGUCUUUCGAACUUCCCGACGGUAACAUCAUUGUUAUCGGAAACGAGCGAUUCCGUUGUCCGGAGGUGCUGUUCCAGCCCAACUUGACUGGUUUGGAAAUGGACGGCAUUGCCGACUCCACCUUCCAGACCAUUAUGAAGUGCGAUGUCGACAUUCGCAAGGAUCUGUACGCCAACAUUGUGCUCUCCGGAGGAACCACCAUGUUCCCUGGUAUUUCCGAGCGCAUGUCGAAGGAGAUCACUGCUCUCGCCCCUGCCUCCAUCAAAGUCAAGAUUGUUGCUCCUCCGGAACGCAAGUACUCUGUUUGGAUUGGAGGGUCAAUUCUCGCUUCCCUUUCUACUUUCCAGAGCAUGUGGAUCUCGAAGGAAGAGUACGAUGAGUCUGGGCCUUCUAUUGUUCAUCGCAAGUGCUUCUAAGCUACUGAGCUUCAUAGUUACAGUUGGUUCUUCAACGUUUGUAGGCGGUGUAUUAAUCUUUUAUAACGCUCCUUUAUAUGUG